GCCAGCACGGAUGCGCUUCACUUGCUGAAGCAAAGUGGCUUGGCUGCUGAGAGCAAGGUUGUCGCCUUCUCAAGGUCAUCCGCGGCCCUGCUGAAGCAAGCUCGAGCGCUUGUCAAAGCUGCCCGAUCCGAAGCUAAUGUGGCCAAGGCCGCCCAGCAGGCGGAGAGCGGCAAGCUAUCCAAGCGCACGGCCCGCGGGAAGAAGGCUGGGCCGCAAGCUCCUUCUUGGCUAGCGUUCACGCUGCCGCGCUGGGACUGCGCUCGGACUGGCAUGUGUCCUGUAGAGCUUUAG